UUUCGACAAAAUGAAGAUACUCAACUUCAUAAUCCUGCUAGUCCUGGUGACCAUCGCUCUAUCAGCCCCCGCUGCCGCCACAGACAAUGCUCCUACGGUAUCCGUGCUGCGCUACAAAGAUGAUCGGGAUUUGGCUAAUAUUCAGCGGGCAAUUAUUGCGCAGUACGAAAGAAUUGGCGGCACCACUAAGGUUCAUCAGCCACUGACGGCCAAUAUCGUCAACCCAGCAAGCCUUGGAAUUGUCAUUUAAUGCUCGUCAAAAAUAAAUUGUUUGUAUUUGUGAUUGUUAGCCCCGCUGAU